CAGUCUCACGAUUAUCAAUUUGAGUAUUAUACAAUACUUCACCGCUCAUUGAAUAUGCUGGAAAAUAAGAGCGUUGAUACUGCUCUGUCCCUGAUCCAGAAUGACCCGUCAAAAGUCUUAGGCUUGACGGUUGGGAACAGCAAGAUCACAGUGGGACAAUACAUUCCUAAGGCCGACGCACAAGCCGCGCCUAUUCUCUCCUUUGACGUGCCAUCAGACGGCACCUACAUCGUCAUUAGCCUUGACAUCGACGCGCCCUUCCGCUCUUUUAACGUCCUAGGCCCAAUUCUGCACUGGAUCCAGCCCGGUCUCACUCCAGAGACGGCAUCUGGCGACAAUAGCACGAAGGUACUAUCAGCAGCCGGCACUCCCUUUGUGGCAAACUACAUCGGGCCAGCGCCGCCACCGGGUAGCUCCCCACACCGCUACAUCUUCUUGCUGUAUGCACAACCGCCGGCUUUUGAUGGGGCGAAGUAUGCCCCGGCUGACGGGAAGAAAUUGGGCAAUUGGUCUCGCAUGAGAUAUGAUUUGGGGGCCUUUGAGAAGGAGGCAAACCUGGGGCCUGUACUUGCUUGCAAUUAUUUCUGCAGCAAUUAAGUCAUCAGUCCCGUGGUGGGGAAUUAACUAUCUGGCAAUAUGUUGUAGAUUUAUCUUAAUCCUGAACCGUGAACUAAGCGUUCUUGAGUAAGGAAAGAGGAGAGCGCCGUAUAUAAUUAUGUAUAUUCUUUACUACCACCGGAUAAUGUAUUUGAAAUGGGAUAGAUUGUCCAGGCC